UCACGUUCUUUCUCUUCGCGUUUUCUCUCUUUCUCGUUUUCUCUGUUUCUCCCCGUUUGCGCGCGUGGUGUAUCCUUCGCUACGCUCUCGCGCCCUCGCUGUGCUCUACUCUCUAGUAUCUGUGCUCUCCCGCGUUUCUCCCUCUUGCCUCCGCCUCUCGUCGACGUUCCUCAUCCUUCUUCUCGGGCGCGUUUGCCGAGUGGCCGAUUGCAGUCGUCCACCGCGGGUUUGCCUUUGCGUCGUCUGUCGCCAGCCUGCCACUCCGUUGGCUACCAGGAGUAGCUGUACGUGCUCUGCCGACUCGAAUGGAAGGUCGGAUAUGUUGGGAACAAGAAGAAGAAGUCGAGAUUGAGAGCAUGACUGCGACUUUCAAUCAAACAAGCAAAACAAACGGCUUUCCUUGAACGACUACUGGAAGUUGAACGCUUGGUUAUCAGCGAUUCCAACUACAGUUGAAGUGCAGCAACGAUGCGAAGAGAUUGUUAAAAAAACAGAAGAGUUUUCCACGAGGACUUUAGCGUUAGCCUUUUCUCUACAGAGGAGGCUUGAUUGUGACAACUUCUAAUAAGAUUAUCUUCUCGAAAUCAGGAUAUUUCUACUAUGAUUGUCGCGAUCAUAACGAUCAGUUCAAGUAUUGUUUUGUUCAUAAAAUAGUGUUAAGUCACGACCUUGACAAUUAAUCAGAUUUCGAAGAGAAUAAAAAAUGAGCAUCUGAUGAUUUUGGACCAAUUUUAUGAGGGAAUGAAUAAAAGAACAUUCAUCUCACGGAGGCUUCACUAAGAACAGCUGAUUGCAUAUUUUCGCGCGAUUAUCGGAGCAGAAUAAAAUUAAAAAGGAGAGAACAGAACAUUCGGACAGAAACGCAGUGAUAAGAGUAUCAUCGGUUCUUAUAGCAGGAAAGUGAUUGUUGAAAUAACUUUUCUGCUGUCUGACUGACUUGUACACGUAAGCGUACUAUUAUAUAGUCGGCCUUUCUUUCUUUCUUUCUAUCUUUUUUUCUUUCUCUCUCUCUCUCUCUCUCUCUCUCUUUUCUCUGUCUGUUUUUGGCUCUCCGGCUUUUGUGUCAUAUUUACAUCCAUUACCGUGAAAACGCAAAAUCACUUCCUACGUGAAUUGUGCGCGUGUCGUAUGUCAAAACGACGAAACAUCUCAACAAAUUGUCUCGUUUCAAAUUGAAGUGUGGCGACGUAAACUCGUAUAAUGUUGAUAAACUGAAGCGGAACGACAACGAAGAGAGAACCGAAAUGAGCACGAUAUCUUUGUAAUUAAGCAUAUCUUUGUAAGCUACUUCGUGCACGAAGAGGAUCUUCGAGAAAAACUGAUGUCAUUCAAAAUCUAAGGAGUACUUUAGAAAUUACCUAACAUCAUAAAAAUCAACAGAUAUAACAACAGUGAUCGCUCGUCAUCAUGCCGCACACUGGACAAGCCGGAGUGAAUCAAUUAGGCGGCGUCUUUGUGAACGGCAGGCCGUUGCCGGACUGCGUGCGCCAAAGGAUCGUUCAGCUCGCCAUGGUUGGCGUUAGACCGUGCGACAUUUCUCGGCAGCUACUCGUGUCUCAUGGCUGCGUCUCCAAGAUACUCACGAGAUUUUACGAGACGGGAAGUAUUCGACCCGGUAGUAUCGGUGGAAGCAAAACAAAGCAAGUAGCUACACCUACAGUGGUGAAGAAAAUUCUACGAAUGAAACAAGAGCAACCGACGAUAUUCGCAUGGGAGAUUCGUGAGCAGCUCGCGCGACAGGGAGCUUGUGAUCCUCAAAGUUUACCGUCUGUAUCAUCUGUCAAUCGUAUCCUUAGGGGUGGCGGACUUCAUACCGAUAUUGCUACUAUCGAGAAUAGCGCAUCUAGUGGAUACACAUCGCAAAUUUCAACAAACCCUGGAACGAGAGAUACACUUAUGAGAACGGAUUAUCAACUAUUUUAUCCCGGAGCUCUCGGACCGUUACAUAUUUCUACUACCUCUGGCAAUACUGGCACACCGUCGUGGAAUCCGAGUUUCUAUUCAUCACUUUAUCAAGCGACGACUUUGCACUUGCACCAGGGGAUACAGUCUUUUGCACCUUUGGAUUCUGAACGUUUAUCGGAGCAAAAUAGUAUCCAAAAUCAACUGGAACUGAAAUCAAGUUCGAGCUCGACGGCUGGCAGUGAUGAUUCGCUGGACAAGAGCGAUUUAGAUGAGAAUCUAGUCGAGUCUCAGGAUCACUACAAGUCUUUCCGUAGCACGCCCAUAAUUCUGGAGUUUAGCCAAAAAAUCGGCAGCGAUCGAAGCGCGUUUGUCAGACACGGUACGUCUAGUUCGCGCGCCACGAAUGUGGACAACCGGCGGGAAAGUCCGAUGUCGAUCGUUGAAACAUCGAAGCAGAGUUCUCCUUACAGAACUCUCGAAGAGAAGGAUAAUAGUUCGGAUACAACAAUGAUGACGAAUAAAGGAGUGGCAGUCGAUCAGCCACCUCCGCAGAAGAAGAAAAAUCCUUAUUCGAUAGAGGAACUAUUGAAGAAAGAUGAAAAUAAAUCCGCGUCCAGGAAGCCGAGAUUACCCAACACUGGUGUGGUGCAACCUUGUGGAAUUACUGUUAUUAAAGAAAUUUAAAGGAAUGACAAAUGUUGAAACAAUCGAAAGAGGUAAAGUCCGUUGUAUAUUUAUGCAAAAUAUCUAUAUUUGAAUUCAUUGAUUCAAUAAAUUCUUACUUAGAUAAACAUUCUAGUGUAUCGUCGGCUAUAGUGAUGUGUGUAGUAUAGAUAUGUGUGUAGUAUUAAUAAGUGUAAAAAAAAGCUGACAGGGAAUUUACGUGACGUAUUUAUACAUAUACGAGCUGUAAUGACAAUUAACUUAUACUGUUACAAAAUUAAUUUAAAAAUCAUUUCUUUGCAUUUGGAUGGUAUAUAAUUGGUUCUUCUUCCUAUGUAUUAUAUACACAUAGUGAAAGUAACCGAAAAAAAAUGUCUUAGAAAUCUAAUGUAAACUAAACAUUAACUAAUUUAAACUAACUUUUGCACUUUCAAUAAAGUGUAAAAGUUCAAUAGAAGAGACAUCUUGAUAUGUGGGCUAAAGUUUUCAUCUCUAUUUCGAGAGAGAACAUGAUUUUGUUUCAAAAUAUAACAGCAAAUAACGCAAAGCCAUACGUAACGUUAGGAUACAUUGUCAAAUGUAACGUAGUAAAUCAUGUGUACGUAUAUAAUCUUUUGUGUAUAAGGAUAUCAAAUUUAACUUAUAAUUAACUUAUUCCUUCAUUCCAUAUUUCGCGUGGCCUGCUACUGUUACCUCACCGUUUUUUUUAUCAACUCGACAUGCAACUGUAUUCAUAGUUUGAGGAUUGAAAGUUUCACUGUGUCUGCAUUGUGCCAGUAGUAACAAUCAGUAAAAAAACGUGUUUUGAAGAAAAUUUUGAAAAAAAUAUAUUAUACAUUUUCUUCAACAAAGUUAUCUCGUAUAUACUUAGUUGGUUAAAUUGUUGUAGCAACGGAAUAUUAAUUAACAUAUCUUUACACAAAUUGUCACAUUAAUGUAAUAUA